AUGAAGGCGCCAACCGCCAGGCGCACGUCGUCAGACACCUCCAACCACUUUGCCCCAUACCCUCCAACAUCGUCGGGGUCCACCUUUUCGCAACCGGCCCCGCCCACCAGUGGCGGCCGCUCAAAACCAUCCCCUUCCCAGGCAGCGUCCCCCCUACCAGAACAACCGCAGUACAAGGUUGCCCGUGCCAUUUCGUCAUGUACGCGCUGUCGCAGUCGCAAACAAAAAUGCGACGGCAAGUUGCCGGCCUGCUCGGCGUGUGAGAGGGCCAAGGUCGAGUGCAUUGGCUUUGACGCCAUCUCAAAGACCAACGUGUCGAGAAACUACCUGCAUUCUCUCGAGCAAGAAGUCGCCUCGCUGCGUGCACAGGUGACUGCACUCACGUCGACGGGCAGUGAUCCUAUCGGGCGGCAAAAGCGCGAGAUUGCUUCCAAUGCGUCCGUGGCCGUCGCAUCGUUUGUGGGUCGCGGUGGCGACCUGGCCAUCGAUCCGGCGCUCCAGGGCCCAGAAGGCGAACCUCCCAUGCGCUCACCGUGGGACUCGCCUGCCACCAGCAACAGGCGCAUGAGCGACUAUCCGUUCCCCCCCGGACCCCCGGUUCUCGAUAGCCCACAUUCGCCCGUCAUCUCAAGCAGCACCGGACGGUCCAACCCCAUUACCGCCACCGCGUCGGCGGCAACGUCUCUCACCCGCAUGGUCCAGGAUGCGGCCCUGCGUACCGGACACGCCCUGCCCAACACUUCACUGCUGGGCAACAACGGCACCCCGAGCGUCACUGGCUCUGUCCGCGCCGGCGAGUCGCCCAGUGACCGCGGCUCGGCAAUGGGCAAGGACUCGCCCGCACACAACGGUGGCGACCACUCGGAAGAGUACCACAACCACGCCUCCCCCGAAAACAUUCUCACACCGCGUUCAGCCCACGCUCCCAUCCCCAGCAGUGCCCGUGGUCCCCCCUCGGAGCGCUCCGUUGCUGGCUCGACCAAGGGCCGCUCUCGCCGUCGCUUCCAGGUCCCUCCCCUGCCUCCCCAGCCGGCCGUGGAGCGUCUUGUGGCUGCCUACGUCGACUUUGUGGGCGUGACUGCGCCCAUUAUCCACAUCCCGACUCUGGGCAAACAGAUCUCGCGCAUGCGUGAGGGCUCGGAUGUGGACGAGUCGGAUGUGUUUGUCGUCAUGAUGGUGCUCGCACUGAGUACAAUGGCCAGCUCGCGCUUUGUCGACCCCCCAGAUGAGCUGCGUACCUGCUCCGAGGCGUUCCACGCCGAGGCCCUCAAGCACCUCGAUGCAGUGUUCGAGGCCCAGUCAUAUAUUGGCCUCCAGGCCAUCCUGCUUUUGGUCUGGUACUCGCUCCUCAACCCAGACAAGGGCUCCAUCUGGUUCCUCGUUGGUCUCGCGUCGCGUACCUGUGUCGACCUGGGCUUCCACAACGAGCACAACUCGCAAGCCGAGUCGCUCGACAACCUCGAGAUUGACAUGCGCCGUCGUCUGUUCUGGAUCACGUACAAGAUGGACCGCCUCCUUGCGCAGUCGCUUGGCCGACCCCCCAGUAUUCCCGAUGGCUUCAUCCACGUGCCCAUGCCUGCGCUGCAGCACGACGUCGACAUCCAUGCCGGCCAGUCGGUCAACCUCGUCGGCGAACCUUGUGCAUACAAGGCCGUGUUUGUGCACACUGUCAAGCUCCGCGAGCUGCAGUCUGAGAUUCUCAGCAACACGUACGGUGUCAACGGCAUGCCCAAGCCCAAGCCCGAAUGGUUUGACGACAUGUUUGAGCGUCUCAAGAACUGGCUCGCGUCCUCGCCCGAACCCCGUGGCACCGUCUCGUCGGAAGGCUACGCGAUCUCGUUCCACAACUCGUGUCUCUUGCUCUUCCGCCCCUCGCGCGGCAACCCGAAGCCUAGCCGGCCGGCUCUUGCGACUGUCCUGGCCUCGUCAAGCUACAUUAUCCGCAUCUACCGCCGCAUGCAGCUCAACAACCGCAUCUCGUGGCUCUGGAUGACGUCUCAUUUCAGCUUUAUGGCAGGCCUCUCGUUCCUGUAUGCCUUUUUCAACCUGUACUCCCUGGGUGGCGGCGCAGGCGUGCCCACUUUGGACGAGGCCAUGAUGGACAUUGAGUCGUGUCUCGCUGUCCUCGAGUACUUGUCCCCUCGCGUCCCCUCGGCUUCCGCGUGCCACGACACGAUGCGCAAUGUCUCGCAGGCCAUCAUCGAGCAGCUCUCCAAGAUGAACCCCAAGGUCGCCAGCAAUGCUCCUGGCAGUGUCCCCGGCGCUGUCGGUGGCGCCCGCUUUGGGUCUCUCGGCACCCCCGUGUCGUCAUCUCGCGAUGACCCUUUGCCGUCGGACGCAUCCUUCCCGGCUCCACUCCCGCCCACAACCUUGCCAUACGAGCUCACCCUCCUGGACAACCUGUUCCUCAACCCAGUCUCCUCCCACGUCAAGCUGUCCGAGUACACCAACGGCGCCAAGACCAAACAGAACAAGGCCAACAUGCUCGGCAGCACCGAACACGCCGCACCAUUCUCCACGCCCAUCAACCCCGGUCAGGCAGGCAUCAACCCGGCCUCGGGCCUGCCACCAGCCGCGUUCCAGUCGUUUGGACCCUACGGUAUCGCGGCCCAAGUCUCCUCGUCGGCAGGCAACACGCCCAACCUCGCCGGCGUCGCAGGCGCCUGGCUCGGCACCGAGGCCGGCACCGCCGCGUCAACGGCCAUGGUCCCCGGCGGGCCCAGCGGCAACGGCAACGCCAUCAUGGCCGAGCUCCAGCUCAACGGCGUCAUCGGCGCCAACGGCGGCGCGGCCGGAACCCCCGCGGCCAACGGCCUUACCGGCGCAGACGGCACUGGUGCAGUGGACCCCACGGCCAACUUUGACAUCUUCUCCUUCCUCAUGGACGAGGAAGGCGGGCUCAGCAACAUCAACACUACGAGCUGGAACGCGUUGGAUGUGCCGGCCGAUUUCCCCCUGUGGAGCUAA